CGAAUCAGUUUCUCAAACAGUUAGGUAUACAUCCUGACUGGCAAUUUGUAGAUGUUUAUGGUAUGGAACCAGAACUGCUUAGCAUGGUGCCAAGACCUGUCUGUGCAGUGCUGCUUCUCUUUCCAAUAACAGAAAAGUAUGAAACCUUCAGAACAGAAGAAGAAGAAAGAAUAAAAGCUAAGGGGCAAGAUGUCAAACCAUCAGUGUAUUUCAUGAAGCAGACCAUUAACAAUGCCUGUGGAACAAUUGGACUAAUUCAUGCUAUUGCAAACAACAGAGAUAAAAUGAACUUUGAAACUAAUUCUUCACUGAAAAAGUUCCUAGAAGAUUCAUUAUCUAUGACUCCUGAAGAGAGGGCCAAAUAUCUAGAAACUUAUGAAGCUAUUCGUGUCACUCAUGAAUCCAGUGCCCAUGAAGGUCAGACUGAGGCACCAAGUAUAGAUGAAAAAGUAGAUCUUCACUUUAUUGCAUUAGUUAAUGUAGGUGGUCAUCUCUAUGAACUAGAUGGGCGCAAACCAUUUCCAAUAAACCAUGGGGAAACUAGUGAUGAUUCCUUCUUAGAGGAUGCAAUAGAAGUUUGCAAGAAAUUCAUGGAACGUGACCCAGAAGAAUUAAGAUUUAAUGCAAUUGCACUGUCUGCAGCUUAAAAGCCUUUUUGAGUGGGGCUAAUCUAUUGCAAUGUGUUGUAACAAUAAAACUGUGGCCAUAUGUUAAUACUACAAAUUUUGAUACUUCCCUAACAUGUUGAUUAAUUGUAGCCUAUGUGGAAUAAACUUUGCAUUUGUCCUUGCUGUAUCUUGCUACUUGUUCCUAAAGCAACUUUUGAGUAUUUAUACACAUGCAUGCAUUUUGUGCAAGACUUCUGUGUGGUGGGGUUUUCCCCUUUGACCCCCUUCCAAGUCUCUGUGAUAUUUCAUCAUAAUAAUAAUGAGUUAGUUCAGAGCAGGAUUAUCAUUUGUGACAUUCACAGAUAACAUUUUGAGUGGAGUAUGUGGUAUGUUAAUGGGUAAAAAUUUGCAAUAAUGAGGCUAUCUGCAUUUUUAAAUCAUAAUGAUACAAUACUAUUAUAAUAACUUUUGCAGGUGACUCAAAAGGCAUUUUUUUUCAGUGCAUUAUUUAUACAUAAAUUUAUGGAAGAAUAAGGCAGAAAAAGGACUGUUUCUUAUUACUGUUGGUGAGCACUAACAUUUUAAAAACAGUAACAUUUUGAAAAAAACUUAAUUUUGUUUCUCAAGCCAAAUAAUGGUAAUAAAUUGUCAAAAA